AUGAGGGCUAACCAAAUGAGUCGGCGCUCGACCAGCGCCUCCACUCUCAUCGCACGGCUGGCGGCUGUGCUGUUGAUGGCCAGUCACCAGUACUGGCCAGUCGUACAGACGGUGCGCUACGUGGCCCCCGAAGACUGUGAUUGGAAGACGACUACAUUGACGACACCGGACUCGGGCUCAGCUACCGGUGCCGGUGCUGGCAGUGAUAGUGUACUGUUAACGUGUAAACUGCGGACAGUGAACGGGGCCUUCGACUCCACCAACUUUAGUCUGAUUCAGGCCCAGCACACCACUGGCCUCACCAUUAUAUGUGAUGAUAUACUGUUUGAAAGUUCCUUAUCUAACCGUUCAUUCGAGCACCUGACCCAACUCCGGGAGCUGUCGGUGGACAGGUGUAAGCUGCCGGAGCUGCCACUACUCACCUUCCAGGGCCUCUCGCAGUUGCGGAACCUCACGAUCCGCACCCAUAACGUCAAUUGGGGUGAUCUGUCGCUUAAGAUACCGACCGGCGGUUUACUGACACCCGUGCCGAGGGUCCAGCGGAUAGACCUGUCGACGAAUGCCAUCUCAUGGCUGCCGGAGUCGCUGUUCUGUAACCUCCAGGAGCUGUCGUUCGUGAAUCUGACGGCCAAUCAGUUCCAAGAGGUCAUCAGUUUUGGCUUCUCCUCCAAAAGCAAAGACAGACAACAAUUGCAGUGCAAACUCGACGCCAUCACCCAUUUGGACGUGUCGUACAACCGCAUCAAAGUGCUGACCGACCGGGGCUUCGGGCUACUGGCCCGCCUCCAGGCCCUGUCCCUCCAUCACAAUCAGAUCAGUCGCGCGGAGGAGACGUCGCUAGCCGGCCUGUCGGGGCUGACUGUGUUGGACAUGUCUAACAACCAGUUGGUGGCCCUCCCGCCCAAGUUUUUCCAGCCGGUGGCCACCAGUCUCACGGAACUGUACCUCCAAAACAACAGCAUAUCGGUGCUGCCGCCCGGACUGUUCAACGCCUUGGGCCAGACGGUGCUCCUGGACCUCAGUCACAACGAGAUCACCAGCCACUGGAUCGGCACCGACACGUUCGCCGACCUGAUACGGCUGGUGCAGUUGGACCUGGCGUUCAACCGGCUCAGCCGUAUCGACGCCCAGACCUUCCGGUCGCAGUACAGCCUCGAAGUGCUUCAAUUGCAUCACAACGAGAUCGAGACCAUCGCCGACACCGCCUUCCAGUCGCUCUACAAUCUCCACACUCUAGUCCUCAGCCACAACCGGCUCACCCGACUGGACGCCCUGUCCCUGUCGGGCCUCCACGUGCUCAACACGCUGGCCGUCGACUCCAAUAAGUUGGACUUCAUUCACGGCCAGGCCUUCAAGAAUAUCACAAAUCUCAUGGAACUGAACGCCUCGUCCAAUCGACUGGAGUCCGUCCCCCCGGCCAUCAAUACACUGCAGUUCCUGCGAAGUCUGGACCUGUCGUACAACCGGAUCAUUGAGAUCGACAACGCCUCCUACCGAGGCGUCGACCAGCUGUACGGUCUGAACCUGGAGGCCAACCAAAUCGGGAACCUCUCGAAGGGUAUCUUCUCGGACCUGCCAUCCCUUCGCAUACUGAAUUUGGCCAAGAAUAAGAUCCAGGGCAUCGAGCAGGGUACUUUCGAUGACGUGCCCGACCUGCACGCCCUACGCCUGGACAGCAAUUAUAUUGUGGACAUCAACGGCCUGUUCAGUAAUCUCCGGGAUCUCCUGAUGUUGAAUAUAUCGGUCAACAAAAUCGGUUGGUUUGACUACGCGCUCAUACCUAUCGGCCUCCAGUGGCUGGACAUACACGAGAACCAGAUCGACAAUCUGGGCAACUAUUUCGAGUUGGAGUCUGUGCUCAAACUGAGGACUUUGGACGCCAGUGUCAAUAAGAUCCAGGAGUUGGACGCCUCGGCCCUCCCCAACGGCAUCGAAAUGGUGUUACUGAACAGCAAUCACAUCAAGAAGAUCGCGCCGUUCGCUUUCAUGGAGAAGCAAAACCUGACGCGAGCCGACCUCACCAGCAACCGGCUGACCACUUUGGACUCGAACGCCUUCCGGCUCAGUAAAGUGCCGCUGAGACGCCCGGUGCCCGAGUUCAGCGUCGCCGGCAACCCAUACCUGUGCGACUGUACGAUGGAGUGGCUGCAGAGGGUAGCCAAUGGGGACGAGUCGCGGCAGUACCCGCGUAUGGUAGACGUGCAGCAGAUUGAGUGUCAACUGGCGUUUGCCAAACAGCAGGGUCUGGUGCCGCUGACCCGGGCCAACUCGUCCCAAUUCCUGUGCCCCUAUAAGUCCCACUGUUUCGCUCUGUGCCACUGUUGCGAGUUUGAUGCCUGCGAUUGCGAGAUGACCUGUCCGGACAACUGUAGCUGUUAUUACGACCAGACCUGGUCCACCAAUGUGGUUGACUGUAGCGGGAAGGGCUACAAUAGUGUGCCCGCGCGACUGCCCAUGGAUGUGACCGCACUGUAUUUGGACGGCAAUGAUAUCUAUACCCUCAGUAGCCAUACGUUUAUCGGACGCAAAAAUAUGCGACAAUUAUACCUGAAUAACAGUAAUAUACACGCCGUCGGGAACAACACGUUCAACGGGUUGGUGAACCUGGAGGUGAUUCAUCUGGAGUACAAUCAGCUAACGGCGCUCAACGGCUACGAGUUCGCCCCAUUGUUUUACCUGAAGGAACUCCAUCUGCACCACAACCGCAUCCACAGUAUCCACAACACGACAUUCAUCCACCUGAAACAGCUACAGGUGCUUCAUCUGGAGUACAACGCCAUAGUGGUGUUCCAGACGGCGGUGCUCAGCCAUAAUAAUAAGCUACAGUCCCUCUACCUGUCCAACAAUCUGUGGUCGUGUGAGUGCAAGUUCAUGGAGCGCUUCCAGCAGUGGAUACAGGCGUACGGGUCGGCCCUACUGCGCGACUCGACAGACAUCCGGUGCUUUCACAACACGUCGUUCGUGGGCACCUACAUCUGGGACGUCAACUCGACCUCCUGUGCCAACUCGACAGCGGUGGCCGAGGGUCGAGGCGACCAGAAGGCCGUCUCGUUUCUGCCAAACGCCUUAGUCGGCGACUAUCUCAUCAUAAUUAUCGUCAUAAUGUGUAUAAUACUGGUUGUGCUCAUACUGUGCGGCGUCUACCGGAAAGCCAUCAAAGUGUGGAUUUACAGCAAAUACGGGAUCCGACUCUUCCAGCGGACCCGAUAUACGCCGGAAACGGAGAAACUUUUUGACGCUUUCGUCUCGUACUGCAAGAAAGACGAGUCAUUCAUCGCCCAGAUAUUGGCGCCGGAGCUCGAGUGCGGUCCACCGCCGUAUCGGCUGUGUCUACGCUAUAGAGACCUACCUAUGAGUGUAUACAUGGCUGAGGCCAUCACGGAGGCCAUCGAGUGCUCGCACCGGACUAUUAUCCUGCUGUCCGAGCACUUCCUGAAGUCCGAGUGGUGUCUGUUUGAGCUGAAGGCCGCUCACCGCGAGUGUCAGAUCAAUAAGCAGCACCGGGUGGUCGGCGUGUUGUUAGAUAAAUACAAUUUGACUGAAUUAGACGCCGACACCCGGCUGUGUCUGGCGUCGGUGCCCAUCGUCCAGUGGGGGGAAAGGCGUUUUUGGGAGAAAUUACGCUAUUUAAUGCCACCGGCCAGGGGUCAACUGAAGCCCAUGAACGUGGGCCCCGAUGUCAGGCCAUCCCUCGAGUUUAUGCGGACUAUGAACACGAAAAUUGUUUAA